CCUGGAUGCUCUUCUGCCAUCUUCCCAUCCCUACAUAUUUAGAGAGCAUUCAAGAUGGCUCAGGCAAAUGACUUAGAAUGAGAAUGUUUGUGUCAUUAGUGUGCUACCUGUUAUCGGAUUUACCAGAGCAUCUUCCGUGUUAUAUCUCCCCUUCCCUGUGCAACAAACAAGCCAUCCCUUGUAACAAAGGAAAAAGAAGAGAGAAAAGUAAAAAGCCGUUUAAUGGGACCAACCAGUACAUCAACCAAGUCUUUCUAGAACAAUACUGAGGAAAAAACGAAGAUUAUCAGAGUUAAAGGCCAGCCAAAGUCAGCCUAAAUUGGAUUCCUUGGGGGAUCACCCACUCGCCAUGCCCAGGAGUCCUGCUCCAGAAUACAGUAUCUAUUUCACUGGCCAGAAAAGCUGCCGUUCCCGGUUGGGAUGUGAGUUUUUUGACCAGCCUGCAAUCACCCUGGCCCGGGCAUUUCUUGGACAGGUUUUGGUCCGGAGACUACCUGAUGGCACUGAAGUUCGAGGCCGAGUGGUUGAAACAGAGGCAUACUUGGGAGCUGAAGAUGAGGCAGCACACUCAAGGGGGGGCAGGCAGACACCUCGAAACAAAGGCAUGUUCAUGAAGCCAGGGACGCUGUAUGUGUACAUCAUCUAUGGAAUGUACUUCUGCAUGAAUGUCUCUAGCCAAGGUGAAGGGGCAUGCAUCCUUCUUCGUUCCCUGGAGCCAGUGGAAGGCCUGGAGAUAAUGCGGCAGCUUCGAAAUGCCCACCGUAAAGGAGCUGCCAGGGCCCUUAAGGACCGAGAACUUUGCAAUGGUCCCUCUAAGCUAUGUCAAGCCCUGGCCAUUGACAAGAGCCUUGACCAGAAGGACCUGGCAGAAGAGGAAACCAUUUGGCUAGAGGAGGGCCCUGAAAAGCCAGGGGAAGAUACUGUGGUGGCAGCAGCCCGGAUUGGUAUCAACUAUGCUGGAGAGUGGGCCCAAAAGCCACUCAGAUUCUACAUCCAAGGCAACCCUUAUGUCAGUGUGGUAGAUCGGAAAGUAGAACGGGAAAUGCAGGCCAGUGGCUAGGGCCCAGCUAGGGAAGCUGAGCUGCUGCUGCUACUGCUGGUGUCAAGCUUGGCUAGGCUACAGCAAAGAUUUUUAGAGGUUUAGAAAAAUAAAUUCUUGUUUCCACAAAACAAUGUUAGGUGAGUCAUGUACAUAUUAGUGCCUUUUUUUUUUUUAGUGUGGUGUUUUAGGGCAGGAAUGUCAGCAGCUUUCACGGAGAGUGUGGCUUGUGCCCCUCUGGCUUCUAAGUUAUGGGUAAGAGGUACCUAACCCUCUCCUUUUAAAGCAAUUUGACUUUCUAAUUUCAGACUUCUGUGGCCUUGCCCAAACAGCAGGACAGUAGCCCUGGGCAUCUGAAGAUACCACCAGAGCCACAAUCUGGGUCAUAUCCUUCCUUUUCUCUUUAGCCCUGAUGCUGCCACCUGCAGUCAAGAUAUCUUGGUAGGCCUCAUCCAAGUCUGCCCUGGGGACCAAAGUGAAUCUUCCUAGGGAACCUAGAGCAGGCAUUGAACUGUUUUCAAUGCUGCUGGUCCAGGAAUAAUCUAGCCAGCUCGCAGAUGAUGCAAAAACCAUCUAAUAUAAAGAGACCCCAGUGUCAUUGCCUAGUUAAGCAUUUUACCAUAACAGCACAGAAAUAUAUUUAUUCCAUGGACAGAGUCUGGGAGAGGCUUUGGGGGAAAAAAAAAAGAUCUGAUUGGCUGUGAAUCUCAUCAGGGGUGGCUGCCACAGCAUGGAGGGAAACUCAUGUUUUCCCAUUAUCUUAGCGCUGCUAUUUACUGGUGUCCUGGCCAGCUGCAGCCCCUUGCUAUCAAUUCAUUCAGGCUAUAUUGGUAUGGGAGGGUUCCAAAGGGUUAAACCAGAUUUUUUGUAAUGGCUUUUAUGGGGUGGGGGGACUGAAUCAAGGGGCAGGGUGUGCUCCUUGGAGAAGCUGAAUGAUAGUUCUAAGGGAAGGCAUGAUCGGACAGAGCAGCUAGGAAGUUGACUCCUGGCCCUUUCACUCCUCUAUAACAUCUUCAACCCUCCAUUAGCUCUGAGGCUGAACCACAGUUGGGCUGGGGUGAUUAGCCUUUAAAAGAAAGCUUAAAAAACCACAUGCUAUUAAGCAGGAAAAGGAAGGCCUCUUAGUUUCUCCCAGCCCACCAACCAGUGAUGAUAUAGGAUGGUGAUGGGUCCAGGAAUGCCUGGCAAUCUAAGAAGAAGGGCUGAUGGCUGGAGGGAGCUCCCAUGCCACCGUAUGUAGCAGCAGGCUCAAGCUAAGCUGGAGCCUACAGUUGAUUCCAGAUUAGGAAGCCAGCAUGUGACUUAAGAUCAUGUUAUUUCAGGACAUUUUCCUUAAGCUAAUUGAGUCACCAAAUAUCCCUUCUCCAUCUAUGUCCAGAAUUCAACGUCCAAAUAAGUAAGACCUUUAGAUUCCACUAAUACUGUAUUCCUUAGGAACCCACAUAGGCACUGCUGCUUCUUAAAAGGAGGAAUAAUGAGAAGACCCAGCUUGGAGCUUGAGGAGAAACUAGCCAUGGUCCCAAGAGAGCCACUCUUUUUGUGGAAUGCCUCCCCCUCUUCUCUGGCCCUUGGUAGUUCAAAGAAUUCUCCAGGGUGAGUGCUCCUCUGAGCAGGGGACUAACUUCCCAUUCAUUUUAGAAGUGACUGGAAAACUGAGAUAACUGGGUCCUCGUGGUUGGUGACCACCAGCACACUUCGGAACUUGUCAAAGAGCAUCAGCAGCUGGGAUCGUCGCAUGUUUUCAUUGUACAUAAUUUCCUCCAAGUGAUGACGACCUCGAAAAUAAUGUAAUAGCCUAAGAGGAAAGAAGAAAUGAAUAAAUGCACCUCAAAAGGUUCUUGGCAGCACUUUCCACCUGUGAGGCCCUUCCCAGAUCUGAGAAUCAUAGCUGUAAAGCUGGAAGAUACUUCAAAAGCCAUGUUAUCCAAACCACUCAUUUUAUCAGUGAAGAAAUUGAGACAUAUCGAGGUUAAGCCACUUGUCCAUGGUCACAAAGGUAAUAAACAUCAGAAAUAGGAUUUAAAUACAGGUCCCUUGACUUAAGAGCCAACACCAUAUCUUCUUCCAGGCAGUCUCUGAUGGCCUCAACUGUAAAAAAAGACAACUUUUGUAAAGCAUGUAAUUUCUCUUUGACAUGUCAGGGAUAAUAACUGAAUCUUAUUUUUGGACUAGACUUGUGAUUUCAUUGGCACAGGGAACUCCUCCCAGUGAGUAAAUUCUCUAUCAAUACAGAUCAGCAACUUUAGAGAGUUUCCUCAGACCCUAGAAUAAAAAGUGCUGUGCCUAAGGAUCUCCAGCCUGGAUGAAAUCAGAAAUCAGGACUUAAAUCCAGAUCUUCCUGGAUAAGUCUGGCUUUCCUACCACUCUAUCAUGCUGGCAUUUAUAUAGUGCUUUAUAUAAAGUCUGAAAAUAUAAUAAUACAAGGAUGAUUGUCUCCAUCUGACAGCUGAGGAAAUCAAGGUACAGAAAAACUGGGACACUAAUGCACUGAUGUUGGAGUUGUGAACUGAUCGGAACAUUCUGGAGAACAAUGUGGAACUAUGCCAAAAGGGCAACAAAACUGCAUAUGCUUUGACCCAUCAAUGCUACCGACUAGAUCUGUAUCCCAAAGAAAUUUUUUUUAAAGAAAAAACUAUAUACUAAAAAGAUUUAUAACAGCUCUUUUUGUGAUGGCAAAGAAUUGGAAAUUGAGAUGUCCAUCAACUAGGAAAUGGCAGGACCUAGUUUCAAAUCUGGCUUCAGACACUUCCUAGCUGUGUGACCUUAGGCAAGUCAUUUAAUUCUCCUUGCCCGGCUCUUGCUACUCUUCUGUCUUAGAACUGAUACUAAGACAGAAGGUAAGAGUUUUUAAAAAAUGAGGGAAUGGAUGAACAAGUUGUGGUAUGAAUACUAUUGUGCCAUAAGAAAUGAUGAGCAGAAUAGUUUUAGAAAAUCCUUGAAAGACUUAUAUGAACUGAAAUGAGCAGAACCAGGAAAAACACUGUACAUAGUAACAGCAAUACUGAAUAAUAAUCAACUGUGAAUGACUUGGCUAUCCUCAGCAAUACAGUUCUCUAAGACAGUUCCGAAGGAUUUAUGAGGAAAAAUGCUCUCUGUUUCCGGAAAACUGAUGAAGUCUGAAUGCAGAUUGAAGCAUACUUUUGAAAUUUUUUUCUUUUUCUUUUCAUCUGUGUUUUCUUUAGCAACAUGGCUAAUAUGGAAAUAAGUUUUGCACUGUAUAUGUAUAUCAAAUUUCUUGCUUUCUCGGGACAGAGAAAGGGAGAGAAUCUUGAACUCGAGAUUUUAGAAAACAAAUGUUAAAAAUCAUUUUUAUGUGUAAUUGGAAAAAAUAUAUAAAAAUUUAAAAAGAAAAAGCACAGAAAAGUUAAAAAGGUUGCCCAAGGUCAUAUGGUUGGUAAACAGUGAUAAGACAAACUCAGGUCUUUCACAGGUCUCUUUCCAUCUCACUUUGUAUUUUAGCUUCCUUCAUUUUCUGUCUAAUGUCUAGCAUGAUGAUAAAUUGUACAUUUUUCUCCCUCACACUCUCAGUUCACACAGAAGCUAAGGGAAGGUUAAACAUUAGGAAGCAGAGAGAUAGAUGUACACAUCUCUCUACCUUCAGCCAAUAGAGGAUAAUGGGAUUAGUGUCCGGCAUAGAGCUGGGUACCUCUGAUGAAGGGUUGAUUUUUUGGGAUCUUAUGACUUUCAGAUUUGUAGGCCCAACCCCUUGUCUCCCUCCCCAAAAUGGAAGUGCCAGCAUUUCCUACAGACAGCUAAUGCAGCCAAGGGAUGUUAUUGGCCAUUCCUGCAACAUUUCCCUAUUAUACCCCAAGUGGUCCUGGGGGCUGGGGCUAAGAUGGCUUUGGACAAGAAGGACUUCUUCCGGUAAGUGGGGUGGUAUGUAUUCAGGAGUCUGUUUCGUGGGGAAAAGUUGACACCAUGAGCCUUUUUGCUCUCAUAGUUUCUGUGCUCCCCUCCCACUUGCCCUGAGCUAGUCAGAGGAGGGCACUUUGGGACUGUCCAUUCACACUCAUUUAGAUUACUCAGCAAGGCAAGCAUAGCUCAAACAGCAUACAGGGCAGUCUCAGAAUAAUGUCUGUUCAAGUACCACUCAGACUAAAGGAGAGAGGAAUACUUGAGCUAAAGAGCUUCCCUGGAGCAGGCACAGAGUGAGAAGAAAGUGUGAGUUGGAAAGAAAAUCCCUCACAGUUGGAAGGAGAUUUCUAUCAGAUUCCCUGACAGGUCCCGGACAGUCCUCCUCACCCACAACCAAAGCUACUCAGCCGAGAUGACCUGGCUUAGGAAGGAGCUGCUAUCUCCCUAAACUGUUUUCUAAAGUGUUUGCUGGGCCCACUAGACUUGACUAAGCAGAAAGACAGUAGGAUCACAAAGUGACACAUAAUCUUAGACUUGGAAGGGGCUUCAUCUCAUCCCUUCUAGUCCCACCUCCUUUACAGAUGAGAAAACCAAAGCUCAUGAUCACAUAGUAAAAGUAAUCAGAAGUGGUAAUCAAAACCAAGUACACAUGUCCACGUGGUUUUCCUGUUACUUCCACACCUGUGGGUCCCCAUCUCCUUUAGUUGGUAGGUACUCACUAGCAUGAAAUAGGGUGCAGGGAAUGACCAAUGGGAAAUUAAUUUGCCAAUGCAGGCUAUCAUCACCUCUGCAAUUUAUAGUCUUACAGGAUCCUAGAAUGCUGGGAAGUUCAGUGAUUAGCCCUGGGUUACUCAGGAUGUCAGAAGCAAGACUUGAACUCAAUCCUCAGAACUUCUUGGUUUGGUCUCAACUAUAGAGAUAAGGAUCAUUUGAACAGCAUGCUCACAAGUUUUCUUAUUUGGCUAGCCAUCUCUUACUGUUUUGGCAUGAAUAAUAUGAAGAUUGGAUUUAGCUAUCUCCUGAUUGUAACAAUGAAGAUACUUAGCUCUUUCUUUAUUGUGAAAAUAAAAUUGCAAUCUCCUGAUUGUAACAAUAAAGGUACUUAACUCUUACUUUAUAGUGAAGCUAGAAUUUUAAGCUACAAUCUAUUUUUAGAUUUUUUUUUAAUAUUUUUAGAUUUUAACUACAAAAAGGUGUUAAGUAACUGCAAAAAGUGAAUUAAUCACAAAAAGGUGUUAAGUAACUACAAAAAGGCGAACUUAACAAAAAAGGAUUUAAGUAACCUAAAAAGAUAUAAUCUAACCAGAGAAGGUGAGAAGUAAAGAAUGGACAGUCCUGGAGAAAAUCUAAGCAAAGAAGGUGAGAACUAAAGAAUGGGCAGUCCUGGAGAAAAGCAUCUGCUGUGAUUGGUAGAUGUGAAAUUUUAGAGGAGGUGACACAAGAGAAAAAGGUCUUUAAAUAGAGGAAGAAAAGACUGAAACAGUCAGUGAGUCACCCAGGCUUGGAGUGAAGGAUCAGUCACUUGGAGCUGAAGGGAAGAUGGACAUUCAGAGAUUCGUUUGGACAUUCAGGCACUGACUUGGAGAAGCGACCAGAAUAUAGACACCCAGACUUCUUUUAGACUGUUACAAUUGACGAAAAGCUGACUUAGUGACCCUGCCUUUCUGGAGGUACAAAGCCUCCAGGUAAGGCCCAUCUUUUUGAGACUCUCUUCCCCUGGCUGUUCCUCUGGGACUUAGAAAUUCUAAACAGAAGAAGCUGUGUUCUCUCUCUCUCUCUGUCUCUCUCUCUCUCCUCCCCCUCCCCUCAUAUCUUCCUUCUAUUGUAAAUAAACUAUCAUAAAUUCCA